CUAGUGCCGGGUCAAAGACUCGGUCGCGCGGUCGGUGGAGGAGGAGGAAUUUUGGCGGCCGUUAAAUUCACUCCAGUCAACUUCGUCUCCUUCCUUCUCCUCUUCAGACUCAGAAGAGCAAUUGCCAAUUUGCCAUCGAUCGAUCGAUCGAUCUAGAGAGAGAUUCAGAGAGGGAGAGGGAGAGGGUGAAAUCAAUCGAGCAGCCAUGAACAUAUUCAGGCUAGCAGGAGACAUGACCCACCUCCUCAGCAUAGUUGUCCUCCUCCUCAAGAUUCGCACCACCAAGUCCUGUGCCGGUAUUUCGCUCAAGACUCAAGAACUGUAUGUCAUCGUCUUCAUCACGCGCUACCUCGAUUUGUUCACGAGGUACGUCUCUUUCUACAACACCGCAAUGAAGCUCGUCUUCAUCGGGACUUCGGUUGCCAUAGUCUGGUACAUGAGGCUCCAUAAAGUAGUGAAGCAGACUUACUCCCGGGAUGAAGAUACAUUCAAACAUUAUCUUCUCAUUCCCCCGUGCUUCAUUCUGGCACUCUUGAUUCCCCUUGAGUUCACCGUGACUGAGAUUCUCUGGUCAUUUUCGAUAUAUCUCGAAGCAGUGGCAAUCUUGCCGCAACUGUUGUUACUGCAGAGGUCAAGCAACAUCGACAACUUGACUGGAAGCUAUGUCUUUCUUCUUGGUGCCUACCGAGCCUUGUAUAUUGUUAACUGGGUAUAUCGAUUCUUCACGGAGACUCACAAAAUACGCUGGAUACCUUGGAUAUCAGGCCUUGUUCAGACGGCCCUUUAUGCGGACUUCUUUUACUAUUACAUUAAAAGUUGGAAAAAUCAUGAGAAGUUGAGGCUUCCGGCGUGAAGCACACUGCCCUUGGGUCAGAGGGUAGGGAGGAAGCAAAUGUAAAUUGCGGAGGCAAGGCAUUUUAAGCUGAGCAGGACACAUGGGCUUUUCUCUCUUACAAUGGCUCUACUUUUAUCGCUCAAAUGGAUGAUGAGCGCUGUGGUCUUCAACUUGAUUAUGUGUUUAACUAGUCUUUAGCCAUAGUUAUCGACUUGGAAGACUAGCAAUGUAAAUAUCUGCUUCUCUUAAACUUAGUUGUCAUCCCCAGGGUCCCUCCUGGCUACAUUGAGGAGGCUUUUAUUACCGACUGAUUCUACUUGGCGGGUGCUCUUUUUCGAUAUCA